AGCGUUUCCAUGGUAACCGUUGCAGACGUUAUUGCGAGUUGAGCGUGUUCAACUAGAACGUUGCAGAUUAUAGCAUAAUAAUUAAGAACGUUUCACGUAAUGAGCGUUUUCUGGCCUGCCAAAGUAUUUCAUUACAUAAAGCAGAAUGGUGUAUGUGGCUGACAGCAUUGUCCCAGCAAGAUUUCUCACACUUAUUGGUCAUUUGACAAUUACACUUUUAAUUUUCUGGGCCAAGGAUGAAAGCAUUAAAGUAUGUCUGCCCCCCGACCAUACACCAGAAGAUUAUGAAUACAAAAAUAAAGAGUUGACUGUAGGUCUCAGUAUUGCCCUAGGUUUGAUAGGGUUUGAGUUCCUUGGCUUUCUGUUUGGAAUAACCAUGUUCAUGCCAAUGGUGGCUAUGAUUUCUAUUUCCUGUCAUGCCAGUGCUUGUGUGCUGCUGGCCUAUUUCAUAUUUGACGAAUGGGACUGCAGAAACUACUGGUGGGUAUUUGGAACAUGCAGUGCAGUUCCUGCACUUACUGAAGCCACUGUGAUAUUUACCAUGCUAGCUUUCAGGAAACUGUGAGCUCUUGCAACAGACGCAUGAAACAAUUUGAAUGGUUCUCUAAUAAUCCUAA